CACAAUGAGUAAUUUAUCAGCUCUAAAAUUAAGGGCAUGAAUAAAUAUUUGAUGGCUGUUGAGUUAGAUGAGAUAAUUUCACAGAGAAACUUUUUAGUCUUCUUUUCUUCACUCAGAACGGUUUCCGGUUAAAGCCAGUGUAAUCCCUCAAGUCUUAUCAUCCCAUGAAAAUGGUUACUUUUUAGACCACCUCAGAUGACACUUGCAUAUGAAUCCGUUUUCAUGUUUAAGUUUUGUUCACCUUUUUACUGCUUUGGCGUUAAUCGGCACAAAUGGAAUCACGGGUUUACAAAGGAGUCAUGUAAAUCGACUUCCAAGUCGGGAUGGACGUAGCACAAAAGGGUUAAGAAGCAUAAGGUCUAACAGUCGCCAAUCUAAAACAGAGGGCGGUCCUAUCAUCGACAUUGUAAAAAGUUGGAGGAUCAAACGAGACAACAGCCACCUGCAGGCUAACAAUGACAGUAAUUCAAAGCCAUGCAAGGGAAAUUCGUGCUUAUGGAGUGCAAAACAGCCUUUCAAAACCAAACCGAGGCGUUCAGUGGUAAAUCGCCGUCGAAGAAGACAGUCUGUCUUCUUAGCCAAAGCACUUGACAUGUUGGAUCAUGCUAGACCUGGGGAAGAUAGCAACUUUGCCACUCGCGCAACGGCAAAUAGGCCAUUCAAGCCAAUUACCACCAUUAAUAACAACACAAACAAAAUUACAGUAAAAAAUUCUACGCUGAUUAACAAGCCUACAAUGAACAAGUCUGGAGAUAAAAGACAGGGAUGGUCUGAUCCCACGGGUGAGAUGAGACCGCGUUUCUUUUUCAAUAGUGCACCCGCAGAAUACGUCGAGCAGAAACCUCCGUCUUUGAGAGCUGGUCCGGGACCAGAUAAUUUAGCAUUGCCUCCAGAGACUAGAGCAGGGCCACCUGUACCUUCCCACUUGCACCGGAUGAAUCCAUUCUUAAAAGGAGUCAAUAAUGGCUUACACGUGGGAAAGCAUCCUGUCCACUUUCCGCACAUACCAGCUACUUUCCUCGGUAAUCCCUUAUCCCAUCGCAUGACUGGUCCGUCCCAUUUCCAUAAUCAUCUACGUCACCAUCAAUUUGGUCCUCCACCAUACGCCAUCCACAUAAACGCACCACCCAGACUAGAGCCUCCUCUUUCACCCCCUAAUCUAAUACCUCAAAACAUCCCUCCCUUUCCUCAACCACCUCCAGAAAUAUUAGGUGGGCCAAUGCCACCUUUAAAUCCACCGGUAGGCUUUGAACCUCCCCACUCACCCGGAAAUGACGCAGCUAUGCCUGGGGACGUCAAAAUGCUACCGCCAGGAGGCAUUCCCAUGCCGCCGCCUCCUAUCAAUUUGCCGGAGAGCAUGCCACCUGAAGACUUGUCACCCGUUUUACCACCAAGACCUCCUUCUGGGGUUGAGCCUCCACCACCCGACUUUGAAAUAAUGCCACCUGCUGAGAUCCCGGUUCAUACAAAUCAUCCUAUUGAUGCACCAACUGGAGCACCGAGUAACCUUCAAAUUACGCCGCCACUAGGAAUUCCUAUGCCUCCGCCUGACUUUCAGAUAAUGCCACCUCCAGAGACACCUAUUCAAACAAAUCCUCCGAUGGAUACACCUAUUGGAAUGCCAAGUAAUCUUCACAUGACACCGCCGCAAGGAAAUCCUAUGUCACCCCUUCAGGCUGCUUUACAAGGAAUCUCUAUGCCAGGUGAGGAGCCACCGAUGCCACUUCCUCAUCAUGUUCAUCACGUCCCUUUUCCUGUGGCGGUUCCAUCACCACCUAGAAUAGAGAAUGUACCUUACCCAGUUCCCAUUCCAGGUCCACCAUCUAUUCAGCCUUUAGUUGUGCCCGUCCGAGUUCCAUCACCACCCAAGAUUCAGCGGGUGCCUGUUCCGGUAGAAUCUCCUCCUAAGAUACAGAAUGUACCUGUCCCUGUUCCAGUAGCCGUUCCUUCUCCUCCUCUUAUAAAGCAUGUGCCAUAUCCCGUCGCCCUCCCCGUGAAAGAGCCAGGUGAAAUUCAAAAAGUAUUUUAUCCUAUAGCAGUUCCUCAACCGUCUCAGAUUCACCAUGUUCCGUUUCCUGUUUACAUUCGCUAUCCGUCAGAAAUAAGACGAGUUCCGUUCCCUGUUGCCUUACCUCCAAAGCCCUUUCCCGUUCCAGUACCUUCACCGCCACAUUACGUUAUCCAUCGAGUCCCUUAUCCAGUCAUGUUUCCGCAAAAAGUUCCUUACCCUGUUCCGCUUGUUGUUCAACAUCAUCACAUCCAUGAGGACGUCGGUAAUACAAGAGAGUCAGUAAGUAAUGGACAGUGUUUGGUGAAUCUUUGUCUUAAUGGGGGCACUUGCUCAGCCUACAUGAACACCUACCGAUGUCACUGUCCAAACGGAUUUCAAGGAAAGCAUUGCGAAGAGCAAAACAUGUGUGAGCCAAAUCCCUGUAAAAACUUUGGUACGUGCUCCCAAGUUGAGCAUGAGUACGAAUGUACCUGCACUAAGGGGUUUAUUGGAAAGAACUGUGACAGAACAGACCCAUGCGUCCCAUCUCCUUGUGAAAACGGGGCUACCUGUUCAUCAGACGGAUCGUCAUACUCUUGCACUUGCAGAAUUGGUUGGAUAGGAAAGAAUUGCCAAGUUGAAUCAAAGUGCCUUCCGAUUAACCCAUGCCAAAAUGGUGGAACUUGCACAGAGGCACAAGGAAGAUACCAGUGUGACUGUACUCCCGGUUGGUCAGGCUUAAGCUGUGAAGUGUCAGCUCCGGAAACCCUUCAUCAAAGAGUAAUGUGCGAUAAUUGUCACACUUCGGAUGACAUUAUUGAGCAAAGAAAUAAACUGCGUCACAGACUGACAGCAAUAAAGAAAUGGAAAGGUACCAAAGGAUAUAUGAACAUUUGCUUUUUGAGUUUGGAUCGCAACGACUUUAUUACAAGACCGUUUCGACGAAGGAUAACGAAACGGAAUAUAAAAACUUACAUUGCUGCAAUCUGGGCAAUACCUUUUGUGAUUGGACUUCUCAAUUUUGUGAUAAAAAUCAACACAGAAAAUUGUAUUCUGGUCUCAUCCGCGGAAGGUCCUUACUCCGAACCUAUGGUAGUCUUGCUCUCAGUUAUCCUGGUACUAACCUGCAGUUUUGUGGUGACAAACAACUGGUCCUCGGUAAGAUCGAUGAGAAACCUGGCUAGAAGUCUCAACACAUCUAAGAAAAACCAUGCUCGUUCAGAAAAGAAGAUGAUUAUUUUGACAGUGAAAAUUAUUUCUGUCUAUUUGGUUACCGUAGCUCCAGCGACUCUAUGGUCAUUUGGCUUGCGCGCUGGAGGUGUCAAAAACUGUGUAUUAUGCAACGAUGUACGAAUCUAUUUACAGUUGUUACUUCUUGUUAAAUACCUUGCUAAUCCUUUCAUUUUCGUGGGUUCGAUAUGGAGGAAAAAAAAUUCUGUAGGCCAAACAAAUCUUGUGCGAAAAAAUGGAUUCAGAGGUCAAACAGUCUUGGAGGUUAGAAAAUCAAGAAAAAGACCCAUACGAGGAAAACCGCGGGAGUUUCUUGGAGAAGCCUCAUCUUAUGGAGAUAUCCAUCAGCUUAGCACAAGUCGACGAGUGGUAACAAUUUAUGAGGAAAAUGAAGAGAGGCACAUUGAAUCUGAAAACGAUCAAGUAGCAUACCACGUGAACCGGGGAACACAAACUAACUUGGAAGUGCUUAACACCUGUCCAAAAAGGAGGCAUACGGAAAAUGGCUCGGAAAAUCACACGACAAAUGUAACGUUGCACCUUUCACCCACGGCUGAAGACAUGGAUCUUAGGCACUUGACGAUAGUGGUUUUCUGGCUAGGGUUAGAGUUGUGCGUUGGGUCCCUGAGAGCCAUGUCGUUCCCUAUGGCUGAGAAGGGAAAGUCGACAGUCCGCGGUCGAAACAUGAUCAAAAAAUCAUUACAAUCUUAUCAAAGACUGAGCAACACUCGAACUCAUUUAAAACAGCAUUUAUCAAGUGAAAUGCACAAUCCGAAGAAAAUAAUUAAGAGAAGAAAAGCCUUUAGACUAAAAACCGGAAAAAUUGCUGGCAUAUCUAGAGGAGUAAUUGCGAUAAGCAAAUUAAGACAUGGCUUCCUGAAGCAAAUUCCACAGGAAACUGAAAACUAUGUGUAUCAUGGAAGGAGAAAUAUUGCGUAUCAUAAGCCACCGUCGUUCCCCUCACACCUGGAUUUCAAAGUGGCUCGCCGGGACGAGGAUGGAGUUUUAAAGAGGUCUCGAAAUAGAGUGCGACUCAAAAAUAAAAAAUCACAGGCUAGAAAUAUGGAAUCGUCAAAUAAGUGGCCUCCAAAGAAGGAAAACAUUACCUUGAACACAAAAGGACCGCAAAAUACUAAUGCUUCGAUGGAAAUGAAACGACAGCGUAUUUCAGAUGGAGUCAUGUUUGCUAAUAAACCCAACGAGUUUCUCAAUGAGGGCAUGCAGCUGAAUGAAAACCCCGAUAGUUUUUUUGCCAAUCCAUUGGCUGCUAAAUUAGAGCAACGUAUUCUCCAUUCUUCUCAUUUCUUUUCCCCAGCAGUGCAUAAGUUUUUGCCAGCUGAACAUCGUUUCUCUGGUGAACCUAUUCACAGAUAUCUGUCAUCUCCAGUGCUAUUUAAGGAUGCAGACAGGGAAGGUUUCGCCCCUCUCGAUACCAGGGGCGAUUCAAACGGACCUUUUGAAGGUGCACCGAUGCCACCUCUAUUUGAAGGUCCACCUCGCCAUGGUAAUCGCGUCAUCAUUAUAAAUAGGCCCAUUCAUACUCCUGUUCCUGUGCCUGUGCACGGACCUCCAAGGAUUUCUGUGAUCCAUCAUCCAGUACCACUACCACCCCAACAGGUCCCUGUUCCUGUUCCAAUCCCCGGGCCGAGGCCUCCACAAUAUAUCGUUGUACACAGAGAAUUUUCAAGACCAGCGAUUGACCCUUGUGGUGUCAAUCCUUGUAGAAACGGAGGUACUUGUACAGCAGUAAUCACGGAUUUUAAAUGCAUCUGCCCGGUGGGAUACAAAGGAGAAAGAUGUGAAGUUCAAAGCAGAUGCUUGCCAAAUCCAUGCAAGAACUUUGGAAAAUGUACCGAGCUCCCUGAAGAUUUUGAGUGCACCUGCCACACUGGCUUCCAUGGAAAAACCUGUGACCUUGAAAGUAAGUGUGAGCCUAAUCCUUGCAGAAACGGUGGGGUGUGCACGGAAAACAUUGACAACUACAUCUGCUCGUGUGCAGCUGGAUUUAUGGGAAAAAACUGCGAACGGGAAUCAAAGUGUUUGCCAAUCAACCCAUGUAAAAAUGGCGGCAUGUGCACGGAAGACCUGAGCGGUUACAAAUGCAACUGUAAAGAUGGAUUUGACGGAAUCAAUUGUGAAGUUCGCCAGACAAGCACUUCUUGUGACAGUACUCCUUGCUUGAAUGGCGGGACCUGCAUCACUGAUAUCUACGACUUCUCAAAAUUUUCAUGUUACUGUGCGUCUGGCUUUACGGGAUUAAGCUGUGAAGAACUUGCAUGUAACAGCUGCCCAGGAAUAUGCAUCAAGGGAGUGUGUAAAGCAGGUAUCCAAUCCCAAGAAAAAGGGUUUCAAUCUCUCGUUCUUUCCAACCCGCUUUCCAACUCACCUUGUGCGCCAUUUAAUCCCUGCCUUUUUGGUGGACAUUGUCUUCCGGACGGGGAGGACUACACUUGUUUAUGCCCUGCUGAUCGAGGAGGAUCUCACUGCGAACAUUUGUUUCACGAGAGCAGCUGUAAUGGCUGCCAUCACCACGCUGUUUGUAUCUCUAGCCAGUGCACAUGCCGAAAGGGAUACUGGGGUGACGGACAUAGAUGCAGACCAAAAACCUCUCCAUGUCAUCCCAACCCAUGUGAGAAUGGAGGUACUUGUCGAGAGAAUGAUACUUUUGAAACAUCUCAAUCGGACUGGUGGUGUGAAUGUCCCAAGGGAUACAGCGGAAAACGCUGCCACGAGUUCGAUCCAUGUUCGAAAAAGAAGUGCUACAAUGGAGGAACAUGUGAAGUAAUAGAUAAAGAACCAAAGUGUAAUUGCGACGAGCCAUAUGAAGGAGAGAGUUGUCUGCUCGAUAACGCUUGUUUACCAAAGAAUGGCGAAAAGAGGGACCCUUGUAAUAAUGGCGGAAAAUGUGAAUUCACCGACGGCAAAGUAACGUGUGUUUGUCCGACUCGGUAUGACGGUCCGACAUGUGCACUUGACAAAUGCGCUAAAUGCGACAAAAACGCAUAUUGCGAAAAUGGAGCUUGUAAGUGUCGCCCACCAUACGAAGGAGACGGAAUCACUUGCACGAAUCCGGAGGAGGAAAAACCAAAAAAGGCGCCUACCAAUCCGUCUGAGUUGGCAAACGGUUGCAAUCCAAACAAAUGCAAAAAUGGAGCUGAAUGCAUCGAAGGAAAGUCUACUUUUUUCUGCGUUUGUCCCGAAGGCACCUUCGGCAGGCUGUGUGAAAAGAAGAUUACACCCACAACACCUCCACCCAAAGCAGCGUGUCAUCCAAACCCUUGUCUUAAUGGAGGAAUGUGCAAAGAAACGGGAGUCAACCAGGAUUUUGAAUGCAUUUGUCCAAACCCUCGGUUUAAAGGGAGGUUUUGUGACGUGGACAUGUGUGCCGAAUGCGAUCCUCAUGCUCGGUGCAUCAAUGGAAAGUGUUUCUGCAGAAGAGGGUAUUCUGGCGACGGCUUUUCGUGCAAAAGAGUGAAACCAAAGUGUCCACCGUAUUCCUACACAGUCACCGGCGACAUUUGCAUUUGCAACCCAGGUUACUACAUGAACAAUACCGGGAAGCGCGCAUGUAUCCCGAUCACGGCGACAUCUCGAACAACAAUGCAGCAUGGGACUCAGCUCCAGAUUCCUCCACCAGCACUCGGCAGUACAGAAACUGGUGGUGGACAACAGUGGUCAGGUAAAAAAAGAAAAAUCGAGGAUGGAUGCAGGAAAAUUUUAAUUUGUACUAAUGCGGCAGCAAGUUUCUCCUAAGAUAAUGAGCAUCGACUGACAUAAACGCGUUUUUACACGGGGCUCACCUUGUUAAAUCGACUAGAAUGCACAUUCACUAUUUCAAUCUGUUUUAUUCAAGUUAUGUUAGGCGUAUGACAACUCACUGAACUGUGCAAUACGGACUCGAAAAUGACCUUUGCGACAACUUUGGUACAUACUCAUUGAGGUCCCAUCAUAAGGAGAUCGUAAUCUUCCAAAUGGUUAUAUCUAAAAGUUUUCAAAUAUAGCGCAAACUUAUUUUUGCAUUUCUUAGACCAACUUUAACUUCUUUCUCAACAUACUUUCAUGAUUACUGACACUAAUUAACAGUUUGUAGAGUGCUUGUCACAUCUGAACUUUUCCAUUCAUCUAUUUUCUAACUCGCUGUCUAUUCUACGACACUAGAGUAUUACAACCUUACCGAUCCCACUAACGUAACAUUACGCGUUGAAAUUUAUCUUAAGGUAGUGGAGCUGAAGCUACGCAAUUUCCAGUUACGUAUUAAAAUUAAAACACAACUACUUUUCAAGUUACGAUUUCUGAUAACCAACUUGUGUUACAAUGACAACGCUUCUAACAUAAGCUUUUUUAUAUGUUAAAACUAACUCUGCUAGCAUAACAGUUUUUAAAUACGUUAAUGACAUAACAACAACCGAAGCUACUAACAUUCCAGGACAAAGUAUCCCUUAGCAAUUCGCGACAAUCAAAUAUGAACUUAGCAUAUGGCUUAGCUUGUAAGUGCAUUUACCCUUGAAAUCGAAAUUGGUGCAGAGUAGUACAAAUUCUUGAGCUCGUAACCAAUUUUUUAACAUUCUUCACUAACUUGUCGCCCUCCUCCCAACAGAAGACAUUGUUGUCACAGAAUACCGCAGUCUAGGCUGCUGGGCUGACACCUCCGAGUGGCGCGAUCCAUCUAAACGCGCC